AUGUCUGGAGAGGUUCGUUUGAAGAAAUUGGAGAAACUGAUUUUGGACGGCCCGGCUCAGUCGAAUGGGCAAUGUCUCAGCGUGGAGACCUUGUUGGAUAUUCUGGUCUGCCUUUAUGAUGAGUGCAACAAUUCACCGCUCAGGAGAGACAAAAAUAUUUUGGAGUUUUUGGAUUGGGCCAAACCCUUCACCUCCAAGGUGAAGCAGAUGCGCUUACACAAGGAAGAUUUUGAAAUCUUGAAGGUGAUUGGUCGAGGAGCGUUCGGAGAGGUUGCAGUUGUGAAGGUGAAGAAUGCAGACAAAGUGUUUGCAAUGAAGAUCCUCAACAAGUGGGAGAUGCUAAAGAGGGCCGAGACGGCAUGCUUUCGGGAGGAGCGGGAUGUGCUGGUGAAUGGGGAUAGUCAGUGGAUAACUACUCUGCACUAUGCCUUUCAGGAUGACAACAACCUGUAUCUGGUGAUGGAUUACUAUGUGGGAGGGGACCUGCUGACUCUUCUCAGUAAGUUUGAGGACAGGCUUCCAGAGGACAUGGCCAAGUUCUAUCUGGCUGAGAUGGUGCUGGCCAUCGACUCUGUGCACCAGCUGCACUACGUCCACAGGGAUAUCAAACCAGACAACAUUCUGAUGGACAUGAACGGUCACAUCCGCUUGGCAGAUUUUGGCUCCUGUCUCAAACUCAUGGAGGAUGGAACAGUCCAAUCUUCAGUUGCAGUAGGGACGCCUGACUACAUCUCACCUGAAAUCCUGCAGGCGAUGGAGGACGGCAAGGGAAAGUACGGGCCAGAGUGUGACUGGUGGUCUCUUGGUGUCUGCAUGUAUGAGAUGCUGUAUGGAGAGACCCCCUUUUAUGCUGAGUCACUGGUGGAAACCUACGGAAAGAUUAUGAACCAUAAGGAGCGUUUCCAGUUCCCUCUUAACGUGGCCGACGUUUCGGAGGAGGCCAAAGACCUGAUCCGGCGACUCAUUUGCUCCCGUGAGCACCGGCUUGGACAGAACGGCAUCGAGGACUUCAAGCAGCACCCGUUCUUUUCGGGCAUCGACUGGGAAAACAUCCGUGCCUGCGAGGCCCCCUACAUCCCUGAAGUCAGCAGCCCCACGGACACUUCCAACUUUGACGUGGAUGACGACUGCCUCAAGAACUCAGAAACCAUGCCCCCACCAUCCCACACUGCCUUCUCUGGACAUCACCUCCCAUUUGUGGGCUUCACCUACACUAGUAAUUGCACGCUGUCUGACAGGGGGUGUUUGCGGGAGACUGUGGGCCUUACCCAGGUGGACGCCGGCCUGCAGCGCAGUCUGGAGGAGAGCCUGGCUUCAGAGGCCUACGAGAGGAGGAUCCGCCGUCUGGAACAGGAGAAAACCGAGCUUAGCCGCAAGCUACAGGAGUCCACCCAGACAGUGCAGGCUCUGCAGUACCCCAACACAGACACCCCACUCAGCGUUAACAAAGAGGUGGAGAUCAGGAGCCUCAAGAGUGAGAUUGACAUCCUGAAGAAACAGAUUGCAGACUCUGAACAACUGGAGCAGCAGCUGGAGGAAGCCAGUACAACUCGUAGAGAUCUGGAGGACUCUUCCAAGCUCAUCAAAACCUUGGAAAAACAGCUUAAAAGUGUCUCACAGGAAAAAGAAGAUUUUCACAAGGAGCUUCUGGAAGCUAUGGAGCGGCUGAAAGCUCAGGGGAAGGAGCUAAAGGAGGCGCACAGCCAGAGGAAGGUGGCCAUGCAGGAGUUCUCGGAGAUCAACGACCGACUCACCGAGCUACGCUCCCAAAAGCAGCGACUGGCCCGCCAACUCCGGGACAAGGAGGAGGAGAUGGAGGGACUUUCUCAGAAAGUGGAGGCGUUACGGCUGGAGGUGCGCAAGGCCGAGAGGACCCGCAAAGAGUUAGAGGGACAGGCUGAGGAGCAGAUGGCUGAGGCCCAAAAGGAGAGGAAAGUGAGAGAAAGAGCUGAGCAGUACAGCAGACAGCUAGAGGAGGAACUGGAGGGAGUCAAGCAAGCAGAGGCGGGUCUCUCUGAGACGGCGGGGAACUGGGAUCAGCAGCAGGAGGUGAGUCGACUGCGCACGGAGCUGGAAAGGAAAAGCGUUCAGCACGAGGAGGAGCUUAGCCGUAGAGAGACCCUUCACAGCGCAGAGAUCAAAGGCCUUCGCAAAGAGCUACGCGAUGCUGAAAGCCAGCAACUUGCCCUGCAGAAAGAGAUCCUGAUGCUUAAAGACAAGCUGGAGAAGACCCGCAGAGAAAGCCAAAGCGAAAGGGAGGAGUUUGAGGCUGAGUACAAGCAGAAGUAUGACAGAGAAAGGGUUCUUCUGAUGGAAGAGAAUAAGAAACUCACUGCUGAGCUGGAUAAGAUAAGCUCCAUGUUUGAGAGGCUGAGGGACAGUAACAGACAGUUGGAGGACGACAUGAGGGAGCUGGCUGAUAAGAAGGAGAAUGUUGCUCACUGGGAGGCGCAGAUCACUGAAAUCAUCCAGUGGGUGAGUGAUGAAAAGGACGCUCGUGGGUACCUCCAGGCUCUGGCCACGAAAAUGACCGAAGAGCUUGAGGGACUAAGGAACACCAGUCUGGGAGCCAAAGGCACGGACAUGCCCUGGAAGAUGCGACGCUUCGCCAAACUGGACAUGUCUGCGAGGCUGGAGCUCCAGUCGGCGCUGGACGCGGAGAUUCGGGCGAAGCAGUCCAUCCAGGAUGAACUGAACAAAGUCAAAGCUUCCAACAUCUCCACCGAAUGCAAACUGCAGGAGUCGGAGGCAAAGAACCAGGAGCUGUUAGCCGAGAUUGAGAGGUUGAGGAAGGAGACGGAGGAGCUGCGCAUGAGGAGGGGAGUGAAGCACCAGGAUUCCCAGAACUCCUUCUUGGCAUUCCUUAAUGCUCCCACCUCAGCUCUGGACCAGUUCGAUCGCUCUCCUUCCUAUGGUCCAGGAAGCAAAGGCAGACGUAUGGACUCGGUGGAAUUCACCCCCUCGAACACACCGUCGCGGGACGAAGACUCAAAGUCCCGCAGAAUGUCGUCCCGUUCCAGGUCGCCCUCCACCGCCAGCGACAUGGAGCCUAUCGAGCUGAUCGACCAUCCUGCUCGUAAUAUCCACACCCCAACUGUACGGUCCGGCUACAGCAGCCUCGGACACGGUUCACCUAAGCCCAAAGCCCACCAGUUCACGGUGAAAUCUUUCAGCAUCCCCACAAAAUGUAACCAGUGCACCUCUCUGAUGGUGGGACUUAGCCGACAGGGCUGCGCCUGCGAUGCGUGUAAUUUCUCCUGUCACGUGACUUGCGCUGAUAAGGCGCCGGCUGUGUGCCCGGUGCUGCCCGACCAAACCAAAGGCACGUUCACUUUCGACCCACAGAAGGGAACCGGCACGGCCUACGAGGGCUACGUCAAGGUGCCCAAACCCACGGGGGUGAAGAAGGGCUGGCAACGGGCCAUGGCCGUAGUGUGUGACUUUAAGCUUUUCCUGUAUGAAAUGUCAGAGGGCAAGACGGUCCAGCCCAGCGUGGCAGUGAGCCAAGUUAUAGACAUGAGGGACGAAGAGUUUUCUGUCAGCUCCGUUCUGGCUUCUGAUGUCAUCCAUGCCAACAGGAAGGACGUCCCCUGCAUAUUCAGGGUGACGGCGUCCCAUCUCUCAGCCUCCUCUGGUCAGAGGAUGUCCAUCCUUAUCCUGGCCGAUAGCGAGAGCGACAGGCAUAAGUGGGUGACGGCGCUGAACGAGCUUCACCGCAUCCUGAGGAAAAACAAGCUGAAGGAGCGCUUUGUCUACGUGCCCAAAGAGGCUUACGACAGCAUGCUGCCCCUCAUCAAGACCACGCAGUCGGCCGCCAUCAUAGAUCACGAACGUGUUGCCCUGGGUAACGAAGAGGGUCUCUUUGUGAUUCAUGUCACCAAAGAUGAGAUCAUCCGUGUGAGCGACGUUAAGAAAGUUUGCCACGUCGAGCUGAUUCCCUCGGAGCAGCUGAUAGCCGUGGUCUCGGGCCGAAACCGUCACGUGCGUCUCAUCCCGAUGACGGCGCUGGACGGGCGCGAGGUGGAAUCCAUUAAGCUCCCCGAGCCCAAAACCUGCCACGGCCUGGCCUCCGGCGUGCUGCGGAACGGCGCCCUCACCUGUCUGUGUGUGGCCAUGAAACGACAGAUCGUCUGCUACGAGAUUAACAAGACCAAGCAUCGGCACCGACUCCUCAAAGAGAUCCAGGUGCCUAACCCAGUCCAGUGGAUGUCGCUGAUGAGUGAUCGUCUGUGCGUAGGCUUCCAGUCAGGAUUUAGGCGUUACACUGUUCACGGUGAUGCCCCGCCCAUCUGCUUGCUCCACCCAGACGACCACACGCUGACCUUCGUCGGCCAGAAGUCACUGGAUGCUCUCUGUGCUGUGGAGAUCUCCAGCAAAGAGCAACUACUGUGUUUCAGCGAUGUUGGUGUCUAUGUGGAUUCUCAGGGUAGGAGAUCGCGACAGCAGGAGCUGAUGUGGCCAGCCGUACCUAUCGCCUGCUGCUACAGUGCCCCCUACCUGUCAGUUUACAGUGAGAAUGCAGUAGAUGUGUUUGACGUGAACACCAUGGAGUGGAUUCAGACCAUGCCUCUCAAAAAGGUGAGACCGUUAAACUCGGAUGGCUCUCUGAAUCUGCUGGGCUCGGAGACUGUGAGACUCAUCUACUUCAGAAACAAAACAGCAGAGGGCGAUGAGCUGGUGGUUCCAGAAGUGUGUGAUAACAGCAGGAAGCAGAUGGUUCGUAGUUUAAACAACAAGAGACGCUAUUCAUUCAGAGUGCCUGAGGAGGAGAGAUUACAGCAAAGGAGGGAGAUGCUGAGAGAUCCUGAGAAGAGGAAUAAGCUGAUCUCCAACCCAACAAACUUUAACCAUGUAGCACAUAUGGGACCUGGAGACGGCAUCCAGAUCCUCAAGGACCUGCCCAUGAAUAUGCGUGGUCAGGAUAACCGGGGCGCUUUCAGCGGUUCCGUCAGCAUUCCCUCCAUCUCUAAGACCAGAGGUGAACCCGGCAGGUCCAUGAGUGCCAGCAGUGGACUGGGAAUACGACCCUCUUCUCAGAAUGGCAGUGCUCUGAGGAGGGAGCUGUCGGGCGGCAGCUACAGCUCCAAGCGCCAGACCAUGACCUCCCCUUCGGAGAGCUCGCUGUCGUCGGGCGGGGGCAUGGAUGUGGGCGACGCCCCCCUCUCCCAGUUUGACAGAGAGGAUUCAGACUCUCCACGCCAUUCCACUGCCUCCAACAGCUCCACCUUCAGCAGUCCACCAAGCCCUGCCUCGCCCCACAAGACCAAGUCCCUCUCUCUGGAGAGCACAGGCUGGGACACAUGA